AUGGGCGAGCGGUCUCGCUGGCGGCGCAUCACAGCGAAUGAACUGAGCAGUAUUGACAUCCCAGCUGCCUGCCAGGACCUGCUCGCGCCUCGGGCGCCAAUGGCUCUGCGGUUGACAUCGACACUGCUGAUCGGCCUAGUACGCGCGCUACAGCGCAAGGCCAUGUUACUCUAUACUGACUGCCACUCGACAUGGGUGCGCGUUCUAUCGACGCCUUGGGUUAUCGGCCAGCAGCAUGAUGCUACCUGGAAUGCGACCACUGCCACGACAACACUUCAGGAUUCCCGACGUACAUUGACUCGCAUGGGAAGCACUGAUAUACAGCUGGCUAUUAUAGGCGCUGAGGGUAGUGGGAACGAAGUGUCAGCCCAGAAGACUGUGAAACGGCUGCGUGAAUUGGGAUGGAUCAAGUCUGCCGACGUAGAUCUCAAGGACAGCAAGCUUGACCACAACGCUCGCAUCGCACCGCAUACCAGUGACUGGGCAUCCAUCUCGCUUCCUGACGUACAAGUACCUCGUUCCGGCUCGGUUGACUGUAACAGUAGUACCAGCAGCAGAUCAAACUCGAUCCUCGACCCGCUUUUGCUGGCAGCGGAUGAUGGUAUCUGUGGGAUGGAUGAUGAUUUUGAGCAUCUGUUGUUUGAUGCCGAGGUACCCGUCCACUUUGACAGUGGAGGAAAUAUCCAGUUUAUUGCCAGACCGGGUAGCGGUGGGGCUGCAAAGCCCCAGCGUUCGCACACUGGCACUACGGCAACUAGCGCAAGGACAGAGAUGUAUUUUUUGUCGCAAAUCCCGGCAGAGGGUCUGAUAAGGAAUGUUACACCAGGGCAGCUGGGUGGUGUCUUGCAAUGCCUGGACCCGACAGAUCAUGCAACGCUGAAGUUUGGCGAUGCAGAUCCGAUCUUGCAUGCACCAGCCGCAGAGGCUGAUGACCGAGUGCUAGAGGAAGUUGAGAAUAGUGUUCUGCGCGACUGGGAUUCUGGAGACAGCAGAGAUGCAGCAACAGACCCGGACCACUUACCAAAGCGGCGGCGACUAAACAGUAUUGCGCCGAAUGGACGCCCACUUGCUCAACAGUUGGCUGCGACAUACCAGGCACGGGUGACGGAUCUGUGGGGUAAUACGUGCUACUGGCAGGCAGCGCAGCGAAGUAAGGUGAUGGCUAGGGUCGCUGAGUGCAAACGGGUGAACCUAGAACACCGGAUCUCGCUGGUAGUCGCUGCUGCGACAUCGGCAGGCAGACUGUCAGUGUUCUCUAGGCUGCUGGGCGAAACGGCUCAUGAUGGAGAUAUGCAUAUUGCAAUGCCGAGCAGCUCACCAAAGCCAAGCAUAGAUGCAGGGCUCGACUAUAGAAGCAUUGUAUCUGACGAGCACUUUGAGCUGGAGAUGGGGCGUGGACAGUCACCGUCUGAGGUGGCCCGGCGGAUGUUUGAGCGCGAGGAAGAAGAGCUGCAGCUGCAUAGCAUUGAGCUGGAUAUUCCCUGGCUGAACCCCGGUGCUGGCGAGAUGGCACAGCGCAGAGUGUCAGUCUCGAUGCGCACAGAGUCGAGCCCUGGAGUUGGAUCUCGGCACGGCGGGUCACAUGCGGCUAGCGUGCAGUCGACACCAUCGCGUUUGGCGUCACUGGACCCACCAUCAGCGGAUGAGUUGGAGGUGCAAGAAUUUGAACUGACCGCAGAUAUGCCAGCAGCGCAUAGGGACAUAGGAGCAGGUGAUGAUGGGGAUGAUGAUUUGGAUGGGUUUCUUGACACCAGGAAUGCGGGUAACGAGCGUGAUAUGCCCAACGACGAUUCGCGCAAAUUCUAUCAUUUUGUUGUAUCCAAAAUCAGCAGAACGGGCACAGCACAGUUCGGCGACUUGGUCCAGGCACCACACAACAAGCGGCGUGUUGCAGCGCGGGCGUUCAUGGAUUUACUCCAGAUGGCCACGCACUCUGUGCUCCACGUCUACCAGGCAUCACCAUAUAGCGGUAUUGAAAUCUCUAUUGAAAAAGAAAUAAAUGGAUGGAAAUGA